AUGCUGCCAUCGUUCUUAUCACUCGCUACACUCACUCCGCCUGGCAGCGGCGUUCGUUCGUUCGUCGCAGUCGCGUCGCCAGUGGCGACCGUUUACGACCCGAACCGCUUAGUAAAACAGCAACAGCAGCAGCAGCAGCCGCAGCAGCAGCCGCAGCACCAACAUCAACUGCAACAGCAGGAGCAGGAUCUGGAACAGGUGCGACCGCCUCCCUUGUUCCGCCUCGACCGCUUCUUCGGUUCCGGUCCCGACAGCAUUUGGAAAACGCCGGUUGAUAGCGCAGGUGAUGGCGCAAGCGGCGGCGCAGGGAAGAGGAAGCGGGAGGAUGCCGUUGAUGCAGGUUAUCUGACAGGGGGAGGGGAUGCCGGCAGUUAUUUGAUAGACCCGGGGGACGGCACCAGCGCAGAUCGCGCGGAAUUCCCCCCCGCGGAGCUCUUCACCGCGCGGAACUUCCCCGUGAGGCUGCCGCGGCGGAAGGGGAAGCGGAGAAAGGGCGGGCGGGAGGAGGAUGGGGACGAAAAGACCGAUCCAGGCACGGUAGAAGGCAGUUCGGCGGGGCAAGACUCGUGGGUGCUUCCAGUAACGGGGGAUGGGUUCCCUAUGACACCAUACCAAGAUGUGAUUAAAGCGGGGGAGAGGAACGUGGACUGCCCGUACCGGUCGCGCGGCGCGGGAGAGAAUCUGUACAGAUGCGCCAUGGGUUACGCCGCACUUGCCGGCGUGACUGGCGGGCUGGGAAAGCCCGUUUAUGUGGUUACCAGUGACGUGGAUAGGGCCGAGGACGUUCCGCAAGGCACGCUAAGAUGGGGUUUAAGUAACUAUCCCGAGGGUGUGAUUAUACGCUUUAAUAGCUCGAUGUUCAUUAAGUUACAGAAGCGGCUGUUUCUGCAAUCGCACGUGACGAUCGACGGUCGCGGCGCGAAUGUGAUUAUACGCGGAGGGAUGGUGCUGCAGAACAUCACGAAUGUGAUCAUACACAACGUCGCGAUCGGCGACCAGCGCGGGGAUCACGACGUGGUGCACAUAGCGGGCACGACGCGCGUGUGGAUAGACCACUGCCAGGUGUACAAGGCCCUGCGCGGUACAGUGGACGCCGUUUACGGCUCUACGGAUAUCACCAUCAGCAAUUCGUAUAUUAGCAACCGUACAGUGGACGCCGUUUACGGCUCUACGGAUAUCACCAUCAGCAAUUCGUAUAUUAGCAACCGCAACCUGACCAUGCUGCUGGGAGCAGAGGACGACGGGGUAUACGACGUGGACAUGCGGGUAACGCUCUACCGCAACUGGUUUGACAAGUCGGGGCAGCGGCAGCCCAAGGCGCGGUGGGGAAGAGGAGAGUCCACGUGGCCAUCCACGUGGCAAACAGCCUCUCUACUUCUAACUGCACCUGUACAACUGCCUCUACAGCCGUAUCUAACCUUCUCACCUCCUUUCUCCUUCUCCCACACCUACUUCCCCUCAUAUGCCCAUCCAUACAGCAACCUCACCAUGUUAUUAGGCGCAGAAGACGACGGGGUAUACGACGUGGACAUGCGGGUAACCCUCUACCGCAACUGGUUUGACAAGUCGGGGCAGCGGCAGCCCAAGGCGCGGUGGGGGAGGGUCCACGUGGCAAACAGCCUAUACUCCAAAUGGUCCUACUACUGCCUCGGCGGCCGAAUGUACGCGGCAAUCCGUUCCGAUCGCAACAUUUUCAUCGCCGGGGACGCGCGAAAAGAACUCACCCCGUGGUUUGGCGAACGCGCCCUUUGGACGGAGGGGUUCGAUACGACCCCGGUGAUUCGCUCGUUUGGGGAUUUGCUGGUGAAUGGAGCGACUUUCACCGAGUUUAACGCGGAUUUGUCGAUUUUCGACCCGCCAUAUCGGCUGCCGAUGCACACUGCGGACCGGGAGCUCGCGCACUUUAUACGCGUUAAUGCAGGGCCUAGAAACGGGGAUGUCGGGGUAGGUGUGAGGGAGCAGUAUGGGGCGCAGCAGCUCCUAGAGCAGUAUGGGGCGCAGCAGCUCCUAGAGCAGUAUGGGGCGCAGCAGCUCCUAGAGCAGUAUGGGGCGCAGCAGCUCCUAGAGCAGUAUGGGGCGCAGCAGCUCCUAGAGCAGUAUGGGGCGCAGCAGCUCCUAGAGCAGUAUGGGGCGCAGCAGCUCCUAGAGCAGUAUGGGGCGCAGCAGCUCCUAGAGCAGUAUGGGGCGCAGCAGCUCCUAGAGGAGUAUGGGGCGCAGCAGCUCCUAGAGGAGUAUGGGGCGCAGCAGCUCCUAGAGGAGUAUGGGGCGCAGCAGCUCCUAGAGCAGUAUGGGGCGCAGCAGCUCCUAGAGGAGUAUGGGGCGCAGCAGCUCCUAGAGCAGUAUGGGGCGCAGCAGCUCCUAGAGCAGUAUGGGGCGCAGCAGCUCCUAGAGCAGUAUGGGGCGCAGCAGCUCCUAGAGAAGUAUGGGGCGCAGCAGCUCCUAGAGGAGUAUGGGGCGCAGGAGCUCCUAGAGCAGUAUGGGGCGCAGCAGCUCCUAGAGGAGUAUGGGGCGCAGCAGCUCCUAGAGGAGCAGCAGGAAGCCCAGAAAGCGGCAUGCGGGCAGCCUUUUAACACGGCUGCUGUCUCUCCCCUCACCUUGAAGUUAUCUCGCAGGGGUCGGGGGGGUGGAUUCCCCUUGGAGGGGCAAAGGAGGGGCCUUGGAGGUACCUUGGUGAUGAGAGGAAAGCACAACACUACCUUGGAUGGGUCAGGGUAG